UCGCUGCCACUUCUCCCUCUCCUUCGGCGGUAAGCACCGGUCCGUUCUUUUCUCUCACUAUCUUAGCAAAGCAGCAAGCUCCACACUCCCCCAUUCCGCUUAAUAACAACAGCGACGAACUCCAAGAAAGUGUGGUAUCACUACAAGGCGGCCUUGUAGAAGCGGAGAUCCCAUCGGAGGCCAUGGUGGUUUCGGCCUCCGAGGUUUCCGUGGCACGAAAAAACCCUUCGCCGUCAUAUCGGCCCAACGAUCCGCCGCCGAUUCCGUUGCGCCGACCGUUAACUCCCUCUGAGAGAGACAAUGCUGCUGUUUCUCGGCGACCUAAGACUAAAGAAAUCGCAUCCAGGUAUCUUUCUUCUUACUCGCCAUCUUCAUCUACUACCUCUACUUCCUACUCCUCGAACACCACUACGUCUACGUCCUCCUCGUCUUCUUCCCGGAGAUUUCAUUCUCCUCUCCCCAACAUUCGACCCUCCACGCCGUCUGCGAAGCGGUCGCAGUCGGUGGAUCGAACACGCCCUUCCAGCCCUCGGCCAGAUCCCCGCGGUGGUGGGGGUGCCGAGGCCUCGAACGCCGCGAGGAUGCUCUGCACAACCACUCGGAGUCUCUCCGUCUCCUUCCAAGGCGAAUCGUUCUUCUACCAGACCAGUAAGGCGAAGACACCGUCUCCUGCCCCCACUCGGAAGCCAACGCCGGAGCGCAGGCGGCCCAGCACACCGGCGAGGAACUCCACUACCGGUGCAGCGCAGCAGUUGGAGAGUUCGAAACCCUCGGAUUUUCACCAAAGAUGGCCGGCAGCAAGGAGCCGACAAUCUAGCUUGCUUACCAAAAGUUUAGAGUGCUACGCAGAGAAGAAUGACCUUCUUGUAACAGUCCAGUUGCUACGGCAGUCAACAUCAUUCGACGAUGGUACAGGCCGGGCAUCAUUUGAUGGUGCAGAACUGUCAGCUUCUUCCGAUGUGGACAGUGUUUCCUCUGGAAGCAAUUCCGGGACUCCGAAGCUAAAUGCACCUCGCCAGGCUCAGAUUACUUCCAGAGCCAUUAGCGUGGCUUCCAGACUUUGGCAGGAGACAAACAACAGAGUUCGCCAUCUAUCGGAGCCUGGGACACCACUUUCUUCUUCUGGCCCAAGGAACUCUGCUACACCGAAGCUAGCUUCUGUGAGGAGAACAUCGGUUGACAACCCUUCCCUUUUUUCUCGGCCUGCUUCUUCCCCACUCAAGGGGCCAGUGAGGCCUUCUAGUCCAAAUAAACUGGUAGGCUCUCCAUCCAGGGUAAUUGCUAGCCCCUCUCGGUCAAGAGGUACCAGUACAUUGGCAAAUUCCUCAGCCGCACAACUACCAGCGAAUGCACCUUCAAUUUUAAGCUUCGCUGCUGAGGUGAGGAGAAAUAGGAAAGGUGAGAAUCGGAUUGAAGAGGCUCAUAUAUUGAGACUAUUGCACAAUAGGCACUUACAAUGGAGGUGUGUAAAUGCAAGAACCAACACGAUUAUGAUGGUUCAGAGAAUGGACGUAGAGAAGAAUCUUUAUAAUGAAUGCAUAACAACCUCAGAGGUGCGUGACUCAGUUACUGCUAGAAAAAUCAAGCUUCAGUUGCUGUCACUGCAUCUAAAACUAGCUACCAUUCUUAAGGGUCAGAAGGUCUUUCUGGAAGAGUUUUCUCAUCUGGAUAGAGAACAUUCAAGUUCAUUAUCAGGAGCGAUUGAAGCGCUAGAGGCUAGCACUCUGCGCCUUCCUGUUGUCAGUGGAGCAAGGGCAGAUUUCCAAGAUGUGAAAGAUGCUGUUGGGUCAGCAGUAGAUGUCAUGCACGCUAUAGGAGCGUCAGUAUACACGAUUUUGUCAAAGGUGGAAGGAAGAAGCUCCUUGGCAUUAGAACUCUCUAAAAUUGCCUCUCAAGAACAAGCUCUAUUGGAUCAAUCCAGGGAUCUCCUAUCAACAUUAGCAGCAUUACAUGUAAAGCAAUGUAGCCUGCAAGGUCAUCUUCUCCAACUAAAACGCAGAACCAAUUAGAUACAAACUGUAGAGAGCUGACUUCUUUCACAACGUUAAUGACAACUAACACCAUUUCAACGUUUUUUCUAACUGAAGAUUGGAUCGAAAGCUUGAUGGUAGUUUUGUUGGGUGCAGUGUGGUUAUAACCUGAUUCUGCCUGAUAAUCUCAUGCGCCCCUCGCUGAUUCUUGUUCUUUUUUUUUUUUUCUCUGCCAUAUAAAUGGCCCCUUUUGUGCUUCAGUAGCUAUGUACUGAUCAAUGCAAAGCUAGUGUACAUAUUUGAAUUGUUUCUUUCUCAGUAAUUGUAU